ACAACAAAACCACAAUCAAACUUCUUGCAAAAAUGUCGAAAUUCUUUGUGAUCGCUUUAAUCUUUGCCGCCGCCAUCCUUUACUUGGCUGACGCAGCACCCGCUUCCAAUCUUUUGGACGCAAAGGCAACCAUCGAUGCGAUUAUUGCUUCCUACAAUCAACACUAUCCAGGACACUCGGUCGUUCAUCCCUGGGAGGUGGCCUCAGUCAUCGAUGUCCACACAUUCCAUCCCAAUUUACACUUCAAUUAAAUGACAAUGUUUAUACAUUCAUAGUCCUAACAAUCCUGUUGACCACCUAAUGUUGUGUUUUAUGCCUAUUGCAUUUAGUUAUUAAUUAAA